AUGAAUGGCUGCCAGAUGAAAUUAUUUGAUUUGAAAGUCAGAGAACAAUACCCUACUUUGGGUCAGUACUACACUAGGAGCCAUGCACAUUGUGACAAGUUCUUGGUUCAGUGCUCAGAUAGCGAGCUUAUGAUUGUUGAGCUAUACUACGGGUACAAAAAAAGGUUCAUACGGGAUUCUCAUGUCAGAGACAUUGGUUGCAAGAGGAUUGUGUUAUACAAGGUGAAUUUACAGGACCAAGUAUGUCAAAGGAUGGAAAGUUUACCUGAAGAUUGUGCCAUCUUCUUAAGCUACCCAGAGAAUGGAUUCUUCUACAAAAUUCCACGGGAAGAUCUAAAUUCAGGACUUGUUCGCGGGAACACCGUUUAUUUCUCUGAAAAGAAUGACAAGCGUCUUUAUGCAUAUGAUGUUAAAGAGGGAAGUGUAAGUGUGUCACUACCUUGCCCCAACAUGGGAAUUGACUAUUAUGAGCCACAAUGGAUCCAGUUGCCUCUUCAUAGCUGGACUUCAGCAGAUGUUCCCCAACCAGAAGUAACGAUUGAUAGCAAGCAGAUUAUGUUACCAUCAGGAAGUAGCAGUGCUCGUGGUGGUUGGAACGACGUUCCUACUGACCUUCUUUGUGACAUACAGUCGUGUCUAUUUGGAGCUGAUCGCUGUUACUUUCGUCUAGCCUGCAAAGCAUGGAAAUCAUCAUUCUCUAACUCUAACUGUGAAUCUGAUCUUCAAUUGGGGAAAGUGCAGAGAAAUCAUCGAUUCCCAAUCCUCAUGCACAUAGGAAACAACAGUGAGCUAGUCAAGUUCUUCGAUCCAAUAACCAAUUCUACCAGCACCUUGCCUUUACCCAGUUUAAAAGCUACAGAACCAAUCAUUCGUUGCUCUAAACAUGGAUGGUUGUUGAUAUCCCAAGGAAUUUCAGGUCAUCGACAACUAUUCUUUCUCAACCCUUUCACUAACGAAAGGAUUGACUUACCUAAUGUGCGAUUUCUUCAAGAUGGGAUUUCUUUCUCUUCUCCUCCAACAUCCUCCGACUGCAUGGUAAUUUGCUACGCAGUCUUUCCGGCAUAUGUGACCCUCUACUCUAUUCGUCGAGGAAAUUACAGCUGGGCUUACUCAUCUGCGGAGAAGAAAGGAAUUCAUUUCAAGAGUUCUUACAGCAAUCCAGUUUACCACCAAGGACUAUUCUAUAUCAUGGGAAUAAAUGGAAAUCUAUGCAUUCACGAUCCAGGACCAAGACAUUCCACCAAGUUCAUGAGCUUGCCCAGAAGGCCUUGUGCGUCAAUAAGAAGAGGCCAUUUGUUGGAGUCCAGAGGGAAACUUCUAUCAGUGUCCACGGGUCCUGUCACGACCUUACUCUCGAUCGUGCGGCCCUAG